UAAGAGUGAGAGCGAGAGUAAGGGAGGACUCCCGGCUGGACUGCGGAUUUGGAGCGGACCCCACGCAGCACAGUGCCGGCGGCCGGGCAGGAGCGCGGAGCGGAGUGAGAAGCGAAGCAGGAAUCGUUGGACCGCUCCUUGGUUCCCUUUUCUUCGCCUCCGGCUCGGUUCGCGUGGUUUCUGCAGAGCCGCAGCCCUGGCUGCUAUGGGAGCCGGCUGCCAGCCGGGAGCGCGUCGCUGAGAUCCCCGUCCUGCCUCCCUCGGUGGGGCAGCCCUUCCUCACACUUUUCCAUCAGGGACCAUGAAGAGCAACCGAGCCCAGAAGGGCAGAGGCGGCAAGAAGCACCUCAGCACCGAGCUUAAGUACAGCCACCAAUCCCAGAAUAUAAAUGGCUUUGAGGAAGGAGUGGAAUUCUUGCCAGCUAACAAUUCAAGGAAAGUGGAAAAACGUGGACCGAAGCGCUGGAUUGUGCUGCUGGCAUUGGUGAUCUUCUUCAUCCUGUUGUCCCUUAUGGUUGGAAUCUUGGUGUGGCAUUUUAAUUCUCAGAAUGCACGGAUGCAGAAAAUCUUCAAUGGUUACCUGAGGAUUACAAAUGAGAACUUUAUAGAUGCCUAUGAGAAUUCCAACUCCACAGAAUUUGCAAACCUGGCCAGCAAGGUUAAGGAAGCGCUAAAGGUUUUAUACAAUGGGAUACCAGCCCUUGGGCCCUUCUACAAGGAAUCUGGAGUAACAGCCUUCAGUGAGGGCAGUGUAAUUGCCUACUACUGGUCAGAAUUCAGUGUCCCCCAAUAUAUGGUAGAGGAAGUUGAGCGAGCCAUAUCAAAAGAAUAUGUCCUGUCGCUACCCCCCAGGUCCCGGUCCUUGCAGUCCUUCAACGUGGCUUCAAUUGUGGCUUUCCCCACUGACGCCAGAACAGCACAGACAACACGAGACAACAGCUGCAGCUUUUCCCUACAUGCCCGGUCUGGUGAGGUGACCCGCUUCACCACUCCAGGAUUCCCAGACAGCCCCUACCCCGCUCGUGCCCGCUGCCAGUGGGUUCUGCGUGGAGAUGCUGACCUGGUGCUGAGCCUUACCUUUGAAAGUUUUGAUGUCGCAGCCUGUGAUGAUAUUGGGAGUGAUGUGGUCACGGUAUAUGACUCCCUGAGCCCUGUGGAACCUCGAGCUGUGGUGCAGCUAUGUGGCACUUACCCUCCCUCCUACAACCUGACCUUCCUCUCCUCUCAGAAUGUCAUGCUUGUCACACUCAUCACCAACACUGUGCGGCGCCACCCUGGUUUUAAGGCAGUGUUUUUCCAGUUGCCCAAGAUGACUGAAUGUGGAGGUCGCCUAACUGGAGUUCAGGGCACAUUCAGUACCCCCUACUACCCAGGCCACUACCCCCCCAAUAUGGACUGCACAUGGGACAUUGAGGUCCCCCGCGACAAAAAUGUCAAGAUUCGUUUCAAAAUCUUCUAUUUGGUGGAACCUAACAAAAACCUGGGUACCUGCACCAAGGACUAUGUGGAAAUCAAUGGGGAAAAGUUCUGUGGACAGAAGCCGCAGUUUGUGGUGUCCAGCAGGAGUAACAAGAUCACUGUCCAUUUCCACUCGGAUCGGUCCUAUACUGACACAGGUUUCUUCGCUGAGUACCUCUCCUAUGACUCCCGUGACCCCUGCCCUGGCAUGUUCACCUGCAAAACGGGACGCUGUAUCGCUCACAAUCUGCGCUGUGAUGGCUGGGCUGACUGCACAGACUUCAGUGAUGAGCUUGACUGUGUGUGUAACUCAACCUACCAGUUCACUUGCAAGAACAAAUUUUGUAAGCCCCUCUUUUGGGUCUGCGAUGGCUUGAAUGACUGUGGGGAUAACAGUGAUGAGCUGCAAUGCAGCUGCCCAGCUCAGACCUUCAGGUGUGGCAAUGGAAAAUGUAUCUCCGAGAGCCAGAAAUGUGAUAAGCGGGAUAACUGUGGAGACGGGAGUGAUGAAGCUAAGUGUAAUAGUGUUGAGACUGUCCCCUGCACCAAAUACACAUACAAAUGCCUCAAUGGAGUAUGUCUGAGCAAAGGGAACCCUGAGUGUGAUGGGAAGAAUGACUGCAGUGAUGGCUCGGAUGAGAAGAACUGUGAUUGUGGACUCCGGUCAUUCAGUAAACAGUCAAGGAUUGUUGGAGGCCAGAACUCAGAUGAAGGAGAGUGGCCGUGGCAGGUGAGCCUCCAUGCAGAGGGCCAGGGUCACCUCUGUGGGGCAUCACUAAUCUCCUCCACCUGGCUUGUCUCUGCAGCCCAUUGCUUCGUUGAUGAGUUAGGAAUCAGAUAUUCUGAGCCCUCUUUAUGGAAAGCCUACCUGGGUCUGCAUGACCAGAGCAAGCACAGUGCCACAGGGGUGGAAGAGAGGGGAUUCAAACAGAUCAUCCGGCACGCUGCCUUCAACGACUUCACCUUUGACUAUGAUAUUGCUGUUAUGGAGCUGGACAAACCUGUCGAGUUCAGCACUGUAAUCCGGCCCAUCUGCCUUCCUGAUUCAUCCCACACCUUCCCUGCGGGCAAGGCCAUCUGGGUGACAGGCUGGGGGCACACUCAGGAAGGAGGCACUGGGGCAUUGAUCCUACAGAAGGGGGAGAUCCGAGUGAUCAAUCAGACCACUUGCGAGUCUUUGCUACCCAAUCAGCUGACCCCCCGUAUGAUGUGUGUGGGCUUCCUCAAUGGAGGCAUUGAUGCCUGCCAGGGUGAUUCAGGGGGCCCUCUGUCCAGUGUGGAAAAUGAUGGACGGACCUUCCUGGCUGGGGUGGUGAGCUGGGGUGAAGGCUGUGCUCGACGGAACAAGCCAGGUGUCUACACGAGAGUCUCCGUGCUUCGGAACUGGAUUAAAGAGAAGACAGGAGUGUAGGGGUUACCCUAAAUGUGCUAUGCUCUCCUCACACACAUACAUAUGAAGACUGAGGAUGGGCCAAUGGACCUGUCCCUCCCCUGAGGUCCCUCCAGGAUAUGAACUGCAUCCUCUUGUCUCUGGAGACCGUGAUUCUACCUGGGAGCCUCACACUUACCUCAGGCCCAGCCCCAGCCUCAAACAAACUCUUAGGAAAUGGGUAUGGAGGAGCAAUGGGCAGAACCUGUGUCUCAACUUAGUAUCUGAAGUUUAGGGACACAAAUUUCCCCCCAACCCCAUCCCUGAGCCUGGAUCUGAGAGACUUUGCUAAGCCUUCUGUGUUUUCUCCCUGAAGAGAAGCUCUAAAUGUGUCCCCCCACUUUGCUUAGACUACGACAUCCUAUACGGUCAGUACCUAUGGCCAGAGGCUCUGGGUUGUGGAGCUCAGCCCAUGCCUGACCCUGAAGAAAAUGAGGACCAGGAAGCUGAACUGUUUUUCCUGACUUCCUGUUGUUGUUGUUGUUGUGGGUGUGUGUGUGUGUGUGUGUGUGUGUGUGUAGUUUUUAAUACUUUUUAAAUUAAUAAUUUUACACCAGAGUUGAUUUCCCUCCUCCACUCCAGUUCACAAAUGCCUUUUAUUAGAUCUAUGCACUCUCAGGGGUUGGGGUUGGGGGGUGGGGUGUGCACAGGAGUGCCAGAUUGUGUAAUAAAGUGCUAUGGCAGUCUUGCUUUAUUCUCUAGACAAGCAAGCCCUGUGGUCUCUCUUGUGACACCUUAGAGGCCCAGAAAUUCUGCAGGCUUCAGAGGUGUAAAAGGAGUCGAUUAGGGGGAGGGGGCAGCACCUGCCUAGAGUUUGGACACACACAGAAGGUUUCUCUAGGAAGUGCCAGGCUGUUUGCCUCCUGAAGCUUUUGCUUUAGGAGGGAAGGUUUCCCCCUACUCUGAGAAGGGGAAAUAACGGUACAUGUGUGCUGGCUAGUGUCCUACACAUAGAUGGGCUGCUGGUUCCAUUCCUAGUCUAAGUGAUGUUCCUGGACCACGGAGGGACAAUAUCUUCUUGUUAGAACCUCCCUUUGUUCCACACUUUGGAUUCUCUUUGCCUCAGGCACAGGAUAAGAAAAUUUAACUUUUUUUAAUUUAAAACUUUCUUGGCUUUUGUGCUUGGGAUGGCCCACUGAGGGUCAGUGUUGGCUGAUGCUCCUCAGAGCUAGAGAAGAGUUCGAUUUAAUCCAAAUCAGCAGACACUUUUAAAGGGGAUCUAGUGUGGAGAACAUAGUGCUUGGUACUAGGAGAGGUACAGAGUUUCAAUAAAACAAUCUCUGACCUCCUGGGGCUUAGAAGUCUGGUAGAGACUGGGUGUUCCUUGUCCAAGGGCCUGGAAAUGGCCUCUUGUUGAUUUUCUCAUUUCAAUCUGACCCCUUGUACUUGUUCUGCUGUGUCUGGGGAAAAGGGAGGAUGGCCAUGGUUCUGUCCACACUGGACCCCAUAAAGCACUGGGGUUGAUAGAUAAGUGUGUGAAUGGAUCCCCCUUCUGGGGCCCAGGAUGAGGGAGAGAACUGUGAUCUGCAAUUGAGGGGGGGGGGAGAAGGGUGAUAAUAGAAAGAAUCAGAAAAUGAUUCCCAAAGAAAUGACUUAUAUGUACAGUUUAUUAUUGUAAUUGUUGCUCUGUUCUUGUUAAGGGCCCUUUUCUGGGCUUUCUCAGUCAAAUGUAUUUAAGAUGCCAGAGCCCCAGGGAAGAUAUUGGGGACCAAAUAUACAUUAAAGGGGAAAGUUUUACAAGAUUCCAGUCCUUGGUGUAGUUGCUAAGUAUUCAGCAGCAAACUCAGCAGCCAGGGUGAAUGCACUCCAUUCCCAGGCAAAGUUUGCUUUUGUUUUCCACAAUAGUCCGAUGAGGGAGGAGAGGAUGGAAUUGACACAGAACAUGCCUAUCCACAACUUUCUUCCCUCACUAGCUUGCCAUGGUCCUAUGUUCCCCUUCUAUUAUUACUCCCCCAGAUUGGACAAAGCAGGCCUUGCUUCCAGAUUUAUUAUAAUGCGUGCAUUUCCCAAGAUCAUGGGAGUUCCCCAGCUUUUUCCCAAAGUAGAAGACAGCCUGGUUCGAAAGAAUGAAACUCAAGAGAGAAGUCUCCUAGCAUGGGAGGAUGGUACCAGCAAUCCCUGGGUGGUCAGGGUAUUAUGCCACCAGAGAAGAACAGGCCAUGUUAAAAGGCCUGGGUCAACUUGGCAGGUGGAAAGGUUGUAAGGGACAGAGCAGGUCCAUGUUUCUAGUGCUAAAGGGUGAGCAGGUUGUUUGUUUUUGAUGGGGUAAGGGGUGGGUGGGGCAGAAAGUGGUCAGGAGUAUGUGUGUGUAUGCAUACAUUUCACCCCUCCCCCACCCAACCCUCUUGUUUUAUACUUUUGCCAAGGAAGGCCAUCCUUUUGAUUCAAUCACGUGAGCUACUUUUGGGUACUAAGUUGCCUGGGAAUCUGGUGUGGAGAGGAAAGAAGACAUGUACUGGUACAUACGUACUCCAAAGAACGGGAAUAUACACACGUGUAUACAAAUAUAUCUGGUCGAUGUUUCUUAGAUAAGAGCUAAGUUUUGGUUAGUUUCAGAAGAGUGAAUGUAAGACCUAUCAGAACCUAGUGCUCACUGUUUUAAGACUAAUCCAGAGUUCCCUGUGACUUGAGGCGAACAAUAGAAAAUAUCAAUAGAAAAUUAUCAAUAGCUUUCUAAGAUGCUAAUGCUCCUAAAGAAUCCUGCACACUGGUUUAAGCAAACAUUAUUUCCACUUGGACCCUAGUUAACAAAUUUGCUAAUUAUUCUCCCUAUGAUACAUGAACUAAUUAUAUUGGGGGGGCAGUGCUGGAGAGAGAGGGCCAGAUGAGGGGUGGGGGAGGCUGCAUAGGUUCAGAAGCUACAGUGUUUGCCUGCUUUUCCUUUGCUCUCUGCUCCAUAUCACAGAAGGACUGAUAGAAAAAAAAUUUUUUUUUUCAAUUUCACACACAUAUACACACACACACACACAAAAUUUGAUGUUUGCCUAUUUGACAUAAAUUUGCAUUUUGAAUCCAAAAACUUCACCCCAAGCGUGUAAAGUAAAACACAAUUUAAUUAUUGCAGUCUCCUUCAGUUGUAGCCAAAUGCAGUAUUCAGGGCAUGAAAUGAAUUACAUAUUUUAAAUUCAAAUAAUCUUUGAGGUUUUUCCUCCUACCGUGCCCUCCCCAUGGGCAAUAGGAUGGCCAGCCUCUUCCCCUCCAUCUGGCCACUCCAUAAUUCCCUACUAGCAAGGGCCAGCCUGCCAUGGGUCCAUCCCCUAUUAAGUGGGAUUGAUGGAAUGGACUGUGGAUAAGCAUGCAGGAUUGAACCAAGAGCAGAGGAGUUUGGGAAGGAAAGGCAGUAAAAGCGUAGGCUAGAAGAGCAUACCUGCUGGUGGCAAUUGCAGAAGUAAACUUGGAAGAUGCGGACGGAGGCCCGGGGAGGGGACUCUUACGGGGUUGUUGCCCCUUGUCAGCAAGGGGCUCAUCUGUACGGAUGGUCAGUUACCAGAAUCUAUCAUGCAUGAAUUCCACAGUUGGAUGAUGGUGUUCAAUGGAUGGCCCAUCCCCCAGAAGAAAAACUGGAAAAUGUAAGCAGAGAUAUUUCUCUGAUGUCUGGAUUACUUCUGAUGGCCCCGGAAUCUUCAAAGGGACCAAUCUUUCAGGCCUGCUGUGGAUCCCAGGACUGUCUACCAACCAGUCAAGAAACUUUAAUUAAGGGCCUAGUUAUUAAUAUUCUAUGCAGUCCACACAGGCAAAAUCUGGAACCUUGCAAACUAAGAGAUACUGAUCCGGAAAAUAAAUUAUUGCGUGCCUA